GUCCUUCAAGGUAACACUGAUGCUAUGAAACACCAAGAUCAAAUUAUUAGAACAGUUAAGAAAACGUGUCUACUUUUCAGUGUGAAAACUGUGAAAAGUUGGUCUUUCUAAGCGCGAGACUGUCAAAUUUUGAUGGUCAAAUUUUGAUCACAAUGAGGGAAAUCGUACACCUGCAGGCAGGCCAGUGUGGCAACCAAAUUGGAGCUAAGUUCUGGGAGGUAAUAAGUGACGAACAUGGCAUUGACCCCUCUGGGACAUACCACGGGGACAACGAUCUGCAACUUGAGCGAAUAAAUGUGUACUUCAACGAGGCAGCAGGUGGGAAGUAUGUUCCUCGUGCAGUGCUUUUUGACUUGGAGCCAGGGACGAUGGACUCUGUGAGGUCCGGUCCAUUUGGCCAGAUCUUUAGACCAGACAGUUUCGUCUUUGGCCAGACUGGAGCAGGUAACAACUGGGCUAGAGGUCACUACACAGAGGGAGCUGAGCUGGUGGACUCUGUCUUGGAUGUGGUGAGGAAGGAGUCAGAGAACUGCGACUGCCUCCAGGGCUUCCAGCUCACACACUCGCUGGGCGGAGGCACUGGCUCUGGCAUGGGCACACUGCUCAUCAGCAAAAUCCGAGAGGAGUAUCCAGAUCGCAUCAUGAACACUUUCAGUGUGGUUCCUUCACCCAAGGUCUCAGACACAGUAGUGGAGCCUUACAAUGCCACCCUGUCUGUCCACCAACUGGUCGAGAACACAGAUGAGACCUUCUGCAUUGAUAAUGAGGCCCUGUAUGACAUCUGCUUCCGCACACUCAAGCUCACCACACCCUGCUACAGUGACCUCAAUCAUCUUGUCUCAAGCACCAUGAGUGGUGUGACCACCUGCCUGCGCUUCCCUGGACAGCUCAAUGCUGAUCUGAGGAAACUGGCCGUUAACAUGGUUCCCUUCCCCAGACUGCACUUCUUCAUGCCAGGCUUUGCCCCCCUGACCAGUCGGGGCAGCCAGCAGUACAGAGCAUUGACAGUGCCUGAACUCACUCAGCAGAUGUUUGAUGCCAAGAAUAUGAUGGCUGCUUGUGACCCACGUCAUGGGCGCUACCUCACAGUAGCAGCCAUCUUCAGAGGCCGUCUUUCCAUGAAGGAGGUGGACGAACAGAUGUUGAACGUGCAGAACAAGAACAGCAGCUACUUUGUGGAGUGGAUCCCCAACAACGUUAAGACGGCGGUCUGUGACAUCCCUCCCCGUGGCCUCAAAAUGUCCGCCACCUUCAUUGGCAACAGCACAGCCAUUCAAGAACUGUUCAGACGCAUCUCAGAGCAGUUCACCGCCAUGUUCCGCCGCAAGGCCUUCCUCCACUGGUACACAGGCGAGGGUAUGGAUGAGAUGGAGUUCACUGAGGCUGAGAGCAACAUGAACGACCUGAUUUCUGAGUACCAGCAGUACCAGGACGCAACUGCUGAGGAAGAGGGCGAGUUUGAUGAGGAAGGUGAAGAGGAGAUGGAUUAAACCCUAUCACAACCCGUUCUUACAAUGCAAGAGUGAAUGAUUAGUGGUUUUAAAUAAAACAUUUUGACAAUUAAAAUUCAAUGGCCCAAAACUUCCACUUAAAGUUGUUAACGUUAUCGUUAACAUUAUCAGAUUAAGAAAUUAUGUUUCAGUUUGCAACAUUGCAGAUGCCAACUGGAGUGAAACAAAAAAAGAGGUCCUGCCAUGAUACUAGCCACUGACAAGGCUACACUUUGAUGAUGAAACAAUAUUGAAAGAAUAUAAAAUAAUUUUUUUUUUGCAUUUCAAUUAACUAAAACUACAUUAAUGUGGAGGACAAAGCAAAUUAAUUAGAAAAAUAUAAAGUUGUAGUGCCUAACUUAUACAUACAAUAUACUUGAAAACUACAGUAAACAAAGGUCUUCUACAUUCAAACUUCACACAACACUGAUUUAGCCAAUUAGUUCAAAACAACUCUCUGUGUUUCUCAUUAUAGCUGUGUUUUGUUUUUGUGUGUGGUGACAUUCCCGCACUGGACAAACAGAUGAAUUUUAGGUCACACCUGAUGGAGGGAAAAGUGACGCUAGUAAUGUUUUGGUGAUAGAAGUUACACACUGGAGCAUUCAUGAUCCAUAAUUCCAUAAACAUACAGUAUUUACUGCCGUUAUCUUUUAUCAAUACGAAUGUAAGCAAUGUAUUUUCACAUAUCUGCAGCAUUCACAAAUAAAAACUUCUCCAUGUUCUGUUUGGGCUAAAUAAAUAUCCCUGCGUAGCAAAUGAAUAACCAAGUCGUAAAAGAAAUAAAACAUCGCUUCAACAACAAAGUCUCAUGUGGUGUUCAUUAAAGAGCAUAGAACUCUUUCCUCGGGGUGAGCGAGCAGUCUUUCAACCAGAAGGUUAUGGGUUCUGGUUAGUGCCGCUAGUCUACAUGCCAA